GCCACGAUGCUGCUGCUGCCGCCGCUGCUGCUGCUGCUGCUGGGCGCCGCGCUGGCCCCGGGCAGCGCCUUCAACCUGGACGUGGAGCGCCCGGCCGUCUACUCGGGCCCGGCCGGCAGCUACUUCGGCUUCGCCGUGGACUUCUUCUCCCCCGACCCGCUCUCGACAUAUCUUUUGGUGGGAGCUCCCAAAGCCAACACUAGCCAGCACAACAUCAUAGAGGGAGGGCAGGUGCUCAAGUGCAGCUGGAACUCCAACAGGAACUGCCAGCCCAUUGUGUUUGAUGCCACAGGUAACAGAGACUUUGCUCCUGGUGAUCCAUUGGAAUUUAAGUCUCAUCAGUGGUUUGGAGCCUCUGUGAGAUCCCAAAAUGACAAAAUCCUGGCCUGUGCCCCACUGUACCACUGGAGAACUGAAACAAAACAAGAGAGAGAGCCUGUAGGAACUUGUUACCUGCUUGCUGGGUCCAAAUUUGUGGAAUAUGCUCCCUGCAGGUCAACAACUAUUGAUGCAGAUGGACAGGGAUUUUGUCAAGGUGGAUUUAGCAUUGACUUCACAAAGGGAGACAGAGUGCUGCUGGGAGGACCUGGAAGUUUUUACUGGCAAGGCCAGCUGAUUUCUGACAGAGUGACAGAGAUUGUGGCAAAGUAUGACUCCAAAGUCUACAGCACCAAGUAUGAUGACCAGCUAGCCACCAGGCCUGCCAGUGCUGCUUUUGAUGACAGCUACUUGGGUUAUUCAGUGGCUGUUGGAGACUUCAAUGGUGAUGGCAUCGAAGAUUUUGUGUCAGGAGUCCCACGGGCAGCAAGAACUUUGGGCAUGGUGUCCAUUUACAAUGGGAAAAACAUGUCCUCCAUGUACAACUUCACUGGAGAGCAGAUGGCUGCCUAUUUUGGGUAUUCGGUGGCUGCCACAGAUAUCGAUGGGGACAAUUACACAGAUCUGUUUAUUGGAGCCCCUCUUUUUAUGGAUCGAAGCUCAGAUGGGAAGCUUCAGGAGGUUGGCCAAGUAACCAUCUGCCUUCAGCGAGCCUCGGGAGGGUUUCAGACAGCAAAGCUGAACGGCUUUGAGAUCUUUGCACGGUUCGGCAGCUCCAUCGCGCCCCUGGGGGACCUGGAUCAGGAUGGCUUCAACGACAUUGCAGUUGCUGCUCCAUAUGGUGGAGAGGACAAGAGAGGGCUGGUGUACAUCUACAACGGAGGAGCGAGUGGUUUGAAUGCCAUCCCGUCCCAGGUCCUGGAAGGGCAGUGGGCUGCUCGCACCAUGCCCCCCAGCUUUGGGUACUCCCUGAAAGGAGCCACAGAUGUGGACAAAAAUGGAUAUCCAGACUUGAUUGUUGGAGCCUUUGGUGUUGACACAGCUGUUCUGUACAGGGCAAGACCAGUUAUUAGAGUAAAUGCUGCCCUGGAAGUUAAUCCGACCAUUCUAAACCCAGAAAACAAAGCCUGUUCACUGGGAGAUGUAAAAGUUUCUUGCUUCAAAGUGAAGUUCUGCUUAAAGGCGGAUGGCAAAGGAAAGCUCCCCAACUCACUCAAUUUCCAGGUGGAGCUGCUGCUGGACAAGCUGAAGCAGAAAGGAGCCAUCAGGAGAGCUCUGUUUCUGCACAGCAAACAGCCCAGCCACUCCAAGAACAUGACCAUUACUAAGGGGGGCAAAAUGAACUGCGAGGAACUCGAUGCCUUCUUGAGGGAUGAAUCUGAGUUCAGAGACAAGCUGACUCCCAUCACCAUUUUCAUGGAAUAUCGCCUGGAUUACAGAACAGCUGCAGAUGCCACAGGACUGCACCCUAUCCUCAACCAGUUCACUCCUGCCAACAUGAGCAGACAGGCCCAUAUCCUGCUGGAUUGUGGGGAUGAUAACAUCUGCAAACCAAAGCUGGAGGUGUCAGUAGAAAGUGACCAGAAGCAGAUCUACAUUGGUGAUGACAACCCCCUGACCCUGAUUGUCAGUGCCCAGAACCAGGGGGAGGGAGCCUAUGAGGCCGAGCUCUUCGUGGUGGUUCCUCCCCAGGCGGAUUUCAUUGGCGUCGUUCGCAACAACGAGGCUUUGGCCAGACUGUCAUGUGCAUUUAAAACAGAGAAUCAGACUCGCAUGGUGGUUUGUGACCUGGGCAAUCCCAUGAAAGCAGGAACUAAGCUCCUGGCUGGCCUGCGUUUCAGCGUGCACCAGCAGUCUGAGAUGGACACCUCUGUCAAGUUCGACUUGCAGAUCCGGAGUUCCAACCUGUAUGACAACCUGAGCCCGGUAGCAUAUUAUCAGGCUGACCUUGCUAUUUCAGCAGCUGUUGAAAUUAGAGGUGUCUCGUCCCCUGACCACAUAUUCCUUCCCAUUGCAAACUGGCAGCCCAAGGAGAACCCUGAAACAGAAGAUGACAUUGGGCCUCUGGUUCAGCACAUCUAUGAGCUGAGAAACAAUGGUCCAAGUGCAUUCAGCAAGGUGAUGAUGACUCUGCAGUGGCCUUACAAAUACAAAAACAACACACUCUUGUACAUUGUGCAGUAUGAAAUUGAUGGUCCCAUGAACUGCACUUCUGACAUGGAAAUCAACCCACUGAAAAUUAAGGUUUCUGCUUCCAAGGAAGAUGAGAGGAAUGAGACCCUUGGCAGGGAGGAGCAGCGCGGGCACCGCGUCAGCCGGAGGGACGCGGCUGCCGCGGAGGGGGACGUGCACACCCUGGGCUGUGGAACUGCUGACUGUUUGAAGAUUGUCUGCCAAGUUGGCCACCUGGAGAGGGGAAAGAGUGCAAUAUUGUAUUUAAAAUCACGCCUUUGGACCCAAACUUUCAUGAAUAAAGAAAAUCAGAAUCAUUCCUACUCUCUGAAAUCAUCUGCUUCCUUCAGUGUUAUAGAGUUCCCUUAUAAGAACCUUUCCUUUGAAGAUAUUCACAAUUCUACAGUUGUUGCUACAAAUAUCACAUGGGGCAUUCAGCCCCAGCCCAUGCCUGUGCCAGUGUGGGUUAUCAUUCUGGCUGUGCUAGCAGGGUUACUGCUCCUGGCUGUUCUAGUGUUUGUCAUGUACAGGAUGGGCUUUUUCAAACGUGUGAGGCCACCUCAGGAAGAACAAGAAAGAGAGCAGCUGCAACCACAUGAGAACGGGGAGGGAACGUCAGAAGCUUAAGCAGAGUUUUAUCUGUAAGACAUUCUCAAGUGUACACUUGCCUACAUCUUGGUUACAAAUAUUGGCUUCCCCCUUCAUGAGCAAACACUCAGCACUGCAGAGCUGCUGGU